AUGAACACGAAACAUCUAUACAAUUCCGCUGAAGGCCUCGUCCUCAAGUCUCUGCGCGGUGCUGUAGCUCUGAACCCAAACGUAAUCCUUCACGAACCUUCGAAAACAGUGUAUACCCCUAUCCAUUCUCCUCACAAGCAAGUUGCAGUUAUAUCAGGUGGUGGAUCCGGUCAUGAGCCUGCACAUGCUGGCUACACCGGCAAGGGCAUGCUGGCUGCAUGCAUCGCAGGCGACAUCUUUGCCAGUCCCAGUGCAAAGCAGAUUUUGAAAGGAAUUGGACUCGCGUCUUCUCCAAACUCUUUCCCCCAAUCCCAAAAGCCUCCCGCCAAAGAUCUAUCAGAUAGUUCCGCCCCUGAAGGGAGCUUGAAACCUCAGCUGGACGUCCUCGCAAUCAUCAACAAUUAUACUGGAGAUAUUCUCAAUUUCGGACUGGCAAUCGAAAAGGCCCGCGGCACCAUGCCGGGAACGAGAAUUGAAAGCGUCGUUGUGGCAGAUGACGUCUCCCUUCUCCCUCAAAACCGUCAACACGCCCUUCAGGAUAGUGGUUCUGGCACAACGAACAAGCUUGUCGGGCCUCGCGGACUCGGUGCUAAUAUCCUCGUCUGCAAGAUUCUCGGUGCUUUAGCUGAGCGUGGUGCGUCUCUUGAUGUUGUGAAAGCCAUGGGGGAUGCAGUGGUUGGAAAUUUAUACAGUAUCGGAGUCGGACUGGAGCAUUGUCAUGUCCCAGGACAUUUAACCGAGAAAAAUCGCGCCCUGGGAAAGGGGGAAUGCGAAGUCGGAUUAGGGCUACACAAUGAACCCGGAGUACGUAGGAGGGAGAUAGGGUCACCGGCAGAAUUGAUAGGGGAGAUGUUCGAGAUGCUGUUCCGGUCGGGAGCACGGGGAAAGGAGGGUGGAAUCAUGAAAGGAACUGACGAAAUGAAGUUACAGGCAGAGUGUAAAGAAGGAACUGUGCUUUUCAUCAACAACCUUGGUGGGAUGUCGCAGUUAGAGAUGGGUGCUGUGGUGGAUGAUGUCCUCCAAAGACUUGCACUAUAUUCAAUUCGACCGAAAAGACUGUACUGUUCGUCGUAUAUGACUUCGCUUAACGCUCCCGGGUUUUCUAUCUCCAUCCUCAACCUUCCCGGUACUUCAAACGCCUUUCGAUCGAAUCUUGGCGGUCGGAUUUCGUCAGAGGAGAGCGAAAUUACCGUCGAAGAACUACUUGACAUGCCAACCGAUGCAUACGCGUGGGUGGGGGCUCGUAACAGUUGGCCAGCGCAUGGGACUGACGGUUUGGGGACCUCCCAUUCUGAUCAUUUGGGAUCUACGACAAAUUUAUCGAGCACUAAUGACUCUAGUAUACCCAUUCGCCCUACAGAUGUCGUCGAUAUCGAGGAGAGUCCUGCUGGAAGAAAUGAUAGGAUUCAGAAUGCGAUACGGGGCGCUUGUUUGAGGGUCAUAGAGAUCCACGAACAGCUGACGGAAUUCGAUACCGUUGUCGGUGAUGGUGACUGUGGGGACACGUUCAAGGCUGGUGCACUCGCUAUCAUGAACGCUCUCGACAAUGGUUCACUCAAGAUCCAGAAAUAUAUGGAUUCGGUCAUCUAUGGAAUUGCUGAAAUUAUAGAAGAUGUGAUGGGAGGGACCAUUGGUGCUUUGCUUGCUAUUUUUCUCCAGGCUCUUGCUGUGUCAGUGACGCAAGACCGUGUAGAACAUCCAAACUCGGAGGUUCGAUGGGGGUACGCGUUGCAAUACGCCAAGGACACUUUAUCACGAUACACACCAGCUGAGGUAGGAGAUCGCACAAUCGUCGAUGCUUUGGGCCCGUUCUGUGCGACCAUGGCACAUACCAUCGUUGCUGGAGCAAAUGACUCCAGUGCGACCGUGGAAGAUACUAACAGCAAGGACAACACAUGGAAAAGCUUGAUAGCUAUGCUAGUGGAAGCAACAAAGCAGGCGCGUAUAGGAGCUGAGAAGACUAGGGGGAUGGCUGCUCAUUUGGGACGAGCAGCAUACGUUGCUUCUGCAAGUUCUUCAACAUCUACCUCAGCUGGUGCUGUGGAAUUGCCUCCAGAUCCUGGCGCAUGGGGUGUCUGUGCGAUCUUGGAGGGUUUUCUAGAUGGACUUAGGACGUAA